ACUCACUUGACCGUAUGUUUUAGUCAUUAGCGAGCUGCCAACAUGGAAAACUCUACCGGUCCCUUCCGAGCAAAAAGCAAACACUCUCACCCUACUCGACUCUUUCUCCGUUCAUUCGCGACCCCAAGAAGGACCCCAAGAAAACCAAACCAAACCAAACCUCAGCUGCAGCAGCAUCGUCAGCAUGCACACCAUCCGCCGGCUGACGGCGGGAUGAGACGAGAAUCACAUCCAAAAGAUCGUCGCACAUGACUCUCUGGCCAAACUCGACUUGACAGGCAUUGCAUGUCCCUUGCCUAUGGACCAUGCCCAUUGACACCCCCGUCUACUCCGUCUUCUACGCAGUACUCCGUACGCCUAGGUCGCCAACGCCGUCCCAUGCCUCAUGUCAUGUCGGCUACCCGCCCCCCUCGACUUCCCGUGCGCCCGUUCGGACGACUUGCACCUCGAGUCGUGAGAUUGGCGUCCUGGCGUCCACCAACUCAACGCCCGCCAACGCCACAUUGGCUCAAAAAGUUUGCCCGCCCAUCUGCUCUGCUCUAGUGUCCGUAGCUCCACGCCCGAUCUAUCUCCCCCCCAUUUCCUCCCUGGCUUUCCUGUCGAUCCAAGAAGCCCGAGCACACCCUCUAGACUCUUGUUCCCUACCAACUCCGUACGCUGUUACCUGUAUGAUGUAUCCGGUCUCCAUAAUGAAUACUUCGAGAGUCAAAGCAUCAAAGAAACCAGAAUAACCCACUUCAUCAAGAGACACGCACGCCCGUUUGGCCCCAACCUGUUGGUAACCCACCCCUCGAUCUGUUGUCUCGCUUUGAAGCUUGUUCUGAGUCGCGUUCCCCCCAUCUGCCGAUAAGCACUCUGUUUGCCAUUUCCCACUGGUCUCAAAACUCUCCCGUCCUCCCUUCCUUUAGGCUUCAGGCUUCAGCUCGCCCUGGUCAUCCAUUCAGCUGAUUGCCGGCCGCCCGCCAACAUUGCUUUUCCCGAUCCGGUUUCCGUUGGCUGCCGUUCUUAAUCCCUUCCCUCCCAGACGAUCCUCUCUCUCCCUCUCGUCACUUCCACUCCCUUUAACACUAAGUUAGUUCCUUCACGUAAAUCCUACCUACUCUCGGCACCACUCCAUCAUGCCAUCAAAGUGACAGGUCAACAAUGGAGGCAACCACAGUCGAUGAGGCUGUGUCGUCUCUCAAGGAGUUAUACGCCGAGGGCACCGAGCAUUACACCCAAUGGAAGAGGAAGCGCACACUUGGAAACCACUACUGUCGGAAAUCAUCAGAAUCCGGUAUUCGAAGGGAUGUCAUUACAUGUGCUUUGAGCAUCUCGUUGGAGCUUGCGAGGAAUCAGAUCGAGGAGACUUAUGACAUUGCGACUGUUCUUAUUGGAACCGACUUCUCCACCGGCGACACACCAUGCCGGGAUAUGCUUUCCAACCAGCUGUUCAACCUCAGUAGUCGAGUUUCUCACCUACGCAGGGUCUCUUCUGACUCGAGCUUCACUGGCCUUCUCAACAUCUCAGAUAUCAUACAGACAUCCGAGUCUGUCAGGAUCGCCUCAGUCCAGGCCCUCGGUGCCUUAUAUCACCGUCUCGCCGCCGGACGCCCAGACAUCCCCGAGCACCUUCCCAUUCCAAAGCCCCGCUCGCGGCAUACGAGGCCCAUCUCGCAAUACUCGAGUAGCUCGUCAACCAACAACCACAGCAUCAUCUCUAAAGACGAAGACAACGACGAAUAUGAAGAGGAGGAGGAGGAGGAGGAGGAAGACGACGACAUGUCGACGACCAUGACCAUCAGCACCGACCAAGCACCCUUCCAAUCAGAACCGCCCUCGCCUCCACCAACACCACCAACACCGAAGGCCAUCGCCAGCGACGCGGUCUCCAUCUUCGCGCCCUCGGAAGCAGACACGAUCAGCACCACCGCCUCCGCCUUCCUCCGCCCAAAAGUGAGCGUCUUCAGCAUGUUCUGCCCAGAGGCCAUGACGCUCCAGGUCGACCUCUCCAAGCCGAUCCCCGACGCGCCGAAGCGGUGCAAGUGCGGGUACCGAUGGAACCCGCUGCUGCCCGGCAACAAGGACUAUAUCGUCCUCAAGGACGGCUUUCGCAUGUCGAGCCGGUUCCUGGCCAAGUCGCACUCGAACAGGAACAUGUUUGCGUGCUGUUUAUGCGUGCCGACGGGGACGACGGAUAAUUACGAGUCCGCGGACGCGUUGAGGGCGCAUAUUAAUUUGUAUCAUCGCAAAUGGCAGAUUUUGCAUGAUCGCGAUAUUCACUAGGACUCUUUCGCUCGCGAACGAUGUGUCUCUCAUCGGCGAGGUGGCCUUUUUUCACUUGGCGUGCGGGCACGUUGGUCGUCCUUCUCACUUGAUUGGUGGCGUUUCUGGUACCUUUUGAUUUUACGAUUGGUUAUUCAGUCUGUACAGUGUUUUUGUAUCGUGGGGGGCGCAAAGGAGUGUUCAGGUGAUUGAAAAGCCGGGAAGGGGUUGAAUACCUACCACAGGAGCUAGGCAGAACCGGACAUAUAUGAUACCC